CGAGCGUUACGGAAUGCCACAGGGUUAUUAGCACUUUCUGUCCAAAAUUAUUCCGCUGGUAUGUGACAAUCAGACUCAACGGGCCUGCUAGCGCCAUCCCCAUGGCAGUACGAGCGCAUCUGCUGCUACACACGCCAUAGACCAGUGUGACCUCAGCUCACCUCCAGCGGGAUCUAGUCGUCCAAUGCAAGACCCCAAUGACCUCCAGCGGCCCAGUCCUCGUCCGCCCGUACACCCUCACAACGGCUCCCUCCCAGCCCCAAUCCACCCCUGCCACCCUUUCCCCUCCCCCACCCCUUCCUGCCAUCUCCUCCUACGCAUUCGCCUCUAUCCUCCGCGCUGCCGAAUCACCCGAACUGCAGACCGCACUGGAUGGCAUCGCCGAAAUCUGCGCAAGGACUCGCAUGAGCCUCGCGGAUGAGUACGCGGCGCACUUGCCGCCCUUGGGGGAGAUUACCACGGCCAAUGCGGCGGGUGCUGGUGGGGUGAGGGUAAGGCCGGGAAUGGGUGGGAGAGCACUGACGGCUGUGCCGGAGGGAGGGAGUAGUAGUAGUGAGGGGAGUAGGCGAAUGGGGAAGGGAAAGGGGAAGGCCGUGCGGACGCGGACGCGAAUCUUCGGCUUUAGGAAGGCAGAAAGUGAGAUGGUGAGCGGGCAGAGAAAGGUCAGAAUUGGGAGUAUGGGCAGGGUGGUGUCUGUGGGUAGCACGACGGCACUCGCGACAGAUUUGUCGUGGCGUGAUCCAAGCGAUGGUGGCCUGGGCAUUGCUUUCCACGAAUUGCCGAUCAUGCCGCAAAGAGUCCCGAGCGAGGCAGCAUUAAGCCUGCAGCGCCUUCUAGGACUUGCCGCUCAAUCACAGCCACAGCCAGAGUGACGAGAUCACUCUGGAGGAGGCGACCCACCUCCACACAGCGGACCAUCACUACGAGUAGCAAGUGACUGUCCGCAAGCAUAGCCGGUGUCAGACAGG